CAGAUUUGGAAGAGAAGACGCACGUAUCGUGCUUGUGAACCCUAUUGCAUAGAGCUGGGCCAUUGAUAUAUCCCAGAUCAUCGUCUGCUCGUGAUGACGGAGUCAAGCCCUUGGAUGCAGGGCGAUGCUGGGCGAGGCAGGAGGCAUUUCGGGCCGUCCCGGCGCAGAUGUGACCAGGCGGCUGCUGCUCUAUCGCCAGGCGGACGAAAGCGGCGCUUUUUUGCCGCUUCGAUUGCUCUUGCGAUGAACUUCCUCGCACAAUGCUCAAGAUCUCUCGGCGGCCGCAGUGGAUGCAGCAGCAGCGGUCUAUCACUGGGCAGACGGGCUGAUGCGUAUGCAUCUGAGAGGCGGCGGGCAUUCAUCCCAUUAGCAAAUCAUCGCCAUCAUCACUCACGGCUGUUUCGGCGGAUGGUCAGGCGGCACGCAGCAACACGCGAUGAAGCAGAAGCAGAUGCGGACUCAUCCCCGCUGCCCCCCUCCUCCCCCUCCCCCCCGCCCGCCCUGUUUCGAGUGCCGGCCUUCUCACCCUCGGCCGACCAGUCAUCCUUCAGCAUCCCCGAGGGCAACUGGACGGAUGAGGCCGCAUAUGUAUGGGAGCUGACGCCCGACGAGGUGAGGAUUCUCUAUGACCCAGAGCUCACCGACAGAGAGCUGCCCGCGCCCGACGUGUGUCCGCUGCCUGCCCCUGGUGGCUCUUCUGGGCCUCGGCUGAUAUUGGUGCGUCAUGGGAGGUCGGAGUGGAACGUCGAGGACCGUAUGCAGGGAUGGGUGGACAGCCCUCUGAAGCGGCCGGAGGGGUAUGAAGACUCGUUCUACCAGGCCGAGGAGCUCGCCGCCCUCACCCCACCCCUGCAGCACAACCGCACCGUCAUAUGGACCAGCCCCCUACACCGCUCAUACGUCUCGGCACAGAUCAUCCGCGACUUGCUCGUCGACAGGGGACAGCUCGACCCCUCUGUCGACGUGCAGAUGGACUGGCGGUUGAAGGAGAGGCACUACGGCGCACUAACGGGCGUUCAGCGGCAAGAGGCCAUUCAGUUCUUUGGGCGAGACCGCAUACUGAGGUGGCGGCGGAACGCCAAGCUGCGGCCGCCACAGGGCGGGCCGCCCUGCACCACUUGGGUGAGUGAGCUGAUCCACACACAGAUGGCCAUUUGUUCAGGAUUGGUGGAUGAAUGGCUGCAGGGAGGUGAGUCGUUGGUGGACGUGCAGCGUCGGCUGUGGACUUUCUUCCAGACCAAGAUCCGCGCGAGCAUCAUUGAGGGCAACGACGUCGUCAUCGUCACACACGGCAACACCAUCCGGGCCAUACUGCCGUGGGUGGUGCCAGGUGUGUCGUUGGAUGACUUGGAGACCAUCCCCAUGGCCAAGCAGGACGAGCCGCCCCUCGUCUCCUUCCCAUGCACCGGCGAGUUCUUCCAGCAGUCCUUCAUCGCCGCAGCCAUACACAGCACCCACACAAACACCUCCAGCCACAGCCACAGCGCCCAUUGCAGCCCCCCAGCCCUGACCACCAUCAGCACCAGCUACGGCGACACACUCAAGCAGCAGAUCGUCGACCUGGCCAUGAAGUUCGACGAUCAGCAGAAAGCGGCUGUGUUGGUCACUGGCAGUGACGGUGAACGAGGAGGGGCGGGGAGGGAUGCGGCUAGGUUCGAGGGCGUCGCUGCGCUGCGCAAGGGAGUCGACACGGGCAAUGACGUCUGACGCCUGCACGUCACGUUGGGGGCUGCGAGUGUUCUGUCUGGUGAGAGGGAUGAGUGUGUAAUGGAGUGUUGCUGCUCUGCUUGCUCAUCGGCUGACUCCCUGCUAGCGAGAGAGAUAGAGAGAGAGGGAGGGAGGGGGGGGGGGGGGGG